AUGCAUUGUGAUUUGCCUCCGAACAUAGUAGACGAGGGUACGAGCGGAGACGUGGUAGCGAGAGAGGGGCAGGACGUGAGUCUGUCCUGUAAGGCCGACGGGCGGCCACUCCCACGCAUCCUUUGGCGGCGGGAAGAUGGCACUAACAUUCAACUUAGGAACGAAGUCGGAGAGCUUCGGAAAGUGGACAUGUACAUGGGUCCCAACUUGAACCUGACGAAGGUAGAGCGCCGGCAGAUGGGUGCGUACCUCUGCAUCGCCUCCAACGACGUCCCUCCGUCCGUCAGCAAGAGAAUUAUGCUUAGUGUUAAUUUUCCUCCUUCAAUAGUGGUAUCUACAAAAGUGAUAGGAGUACCAACCAGUUCAUAUACGAAGCUAGAGUGCUUUGUAGAGGCCUACCCUCAGGCAAUCAACUACUGGCUGAAAGGUGGCGAAGAAAUGAUCCUCUCUGGGGAAAAAUACCAUAUAUCAGACGAGCGCGUCUCCGCUUACCAAGCGCGGCUGUCUCUGACCAUAACCGACUUCAUAACGGAGGAUUCCGGGACGUACACGUGCGUUUCCACGAACACCAUCGGCAAAGCUGAGGGAACCAUACGGUUGUAUGAAAUCAAAAUAACCACCACUACAACCACGACGACGACGACUACCACGACUACAACUACUACGACCACCACGACACCGCCUCCGACCACUACGGAGUAUUUCCCACCACGUUUCGUCGUACCGCUCCAGCCAGCCGAGCAAAAAUUUUACACGCCCGAUGUCACAACAUACGACACAAUGCAAAACGUCAUUGAGCAGUCAGUUCUCGACAACAAUUGGCUACCGACUGCCGAAUCUACGGGCUCCACCGGCCAUCAAGCAUUGCCCCUCCCCACUCUCGCAAUCAUUUCGGGGUUGCCAUACUUAAAAACAUUUUUGUUACACUCCUUCGAAGCACUCCUUUUAUGUAUACGUAGAAAUCUAACAAAAUGUUUGAUACAGGGUACGAGAUGAUAAGUUAUUGUUCAUUUAUUGAUGACGUAAUCAUUGUCAAUUUAAAUACUAGUAAAUAAUAGCUUUGUACCUCGUUCCGUAAUGAAAGAUAAUUUCAUAAAUACAUAAGCCAGUCAUUAAAGUGUGUAUUAAUACAUAAACAUGAUGCAAUAAUGUAAAUUUGAGGUGUACAUAAUUAAAAUAAUGCUAAUUUUAGGGAUUUCAAUAAUAUUGUUACAAAUGUAGAACAGUCUAAGUUCUGAUAUUGUGAUAGGCUAAGUUAAACUCUAAAUUGUAAUGGAUAUGACCGCCAUUAUUUAUAACCAAACACUUUAUUACACCUUGCUGGAAUGCGAUUUGCACACCUUCCCGCGUUCGCAUCGUCCGUAUUAGAGCGUCGAUGUGACGUCACGGCUGCUGGGUGCGCAGCGCACUCGACCGGGUUGAACACAAUUUCUAACUAUUGUCUUUAGUUUAUCAAAGAGUGAAAUAUUGUUUGGACUAUAAUAAUUGUUUUAUCAUGUCUAAGAUUUCUGUUGGAAAUUCAUUUUGACAAGUACAUUGAUAUUAUGUAUAUUUGUACAUAAUAAGAUACUGAAUAAAGCUAAAGGUUUUAAAAUACAAAAUUUUCGUAACUUAACUAAAGUUUUCUUCGCGCUAACUAUAAAAAAUGCGUAUAUACCUAUUACAACUUUAUUUCACGCAAUCUGAUUUUAAUAUUUAGCUUAGCUUUAUUAAUUCUGACUAAACAUGGUCUAAAUAUACUCCCAAUCCCUUAAAUUUUACUUCUUUACAUUUGAGCAAUGAAUAAGAUAUUACUAUUUUUUGUCGUCCAACGAAAUCUAACAUAGCAGUAUAAUCAUAAAAGGCAUAUCAAAUAUUGUACAUAUAAAUAUAAAGUGUACAUAAAUAAAAGGUUAACUUAUUAGAUUAAGGAAAAUAAUUUGUAAGUCCUAGAAGCUCUUUCAAUUUUGUUUCCAGGAAAGUCUCUUAUUGCUUUGAAUUAAGUAAUAGGCCUUAUAGCAAAGUGUAUUGUAUUGAGUAUGUAAUUUCGUUAUUUGGUAUAAUUCAAUCUUACAAUUUAUCUUUGUAUUUCGCUAAAUGAAGUUAUUUGUAAGCGUUAUUUAGUUUUAGGAACAUGUUGUGUAAAUAUCGGUUGAGUAAACAGCAAACAAUCGUAUUACGGUGUAUAGGUAGGUGUUAAUUUAACCAAUCACAGUUACCUACCAUGAAAUAAAUUGUACAUAAUAAUUCAAU